UAAUAACAAGUCCUGCAACGACUCGUGUGAGUCGUGUGCGCUAACGCGCAGAGCGCGGUGAGGUGAGGUUAGGAUCGUUUCACGGGAUAAAGAAGAUUCGUAGUUGUACAAACCAAGAUGGCGAGCACGGCACGUUCCGCCUUCUCUCACGACGGUCAAUAUUACGCAUGUAGCGGUAACGACGGCAAGUUGAGGAUCUGGGAGACUGCGAGCGGCCGGUUGAAGGACGAGUACACUCCUAAUCGACAUUUAUCGUCACCCUGCAGCGUCAUAGGAUGGAUCUCCGCGUGUCCGCAAUCGGCGGGCAACGCAUCGCCAUCGCCAAGAAAGAGACGCAGGAGAAAGUCAAUUUCAGAAGAGUUGGACCGCAAAGCUGUCGUGGCAAUGGGUUCGAUGAACGGAAAGAUCGUCUUGUACGACGUAGCAGCCGCGUCCGUCGGCGCUACGUUGGACGGCCAUUCCUCUACCGUUACGGCGAUCGCUUGGUCACCACACACCGGAUUGAUUACAGCGGCCAAUGAUUUUCACAUAGUGGAAUGGACUCUUCAGGAGAAUGGAAUCAAAUGUAAAUGGAAAUCCGGCAAAGCCAAAGUCACAGCCCUGGCAAUUGUACCUAAUGAAAAGUCCUUGCUAUCCGCCGAAAGAGUAAUCAAGUGGUGGAAUUUAACAACGAAGCAAUUGAUCCGCACCUUUACUGGACAUGCCAAUCAAGUCACGUUUCUUCAUACUGUACAAGUAGACGACACAACCAGUUAUCUACUCAGUAGUGCCUGUGCAGACAGUCAUCUCUCUGUAUGGGCAUUAGACAAAAAUAAAAAUGAUAAAGCAUCAAUGGCAACGCUGGCUAUGCAAGAUGAGGCUACGUGUAUCUCGAUACUUGUUGCAGAAGAUUUGCAAGUCGUCGUAUUGGUUACUACUCAAUCGGGUCAGACACAACUGUUCAAGUAUCAGCCGAAUGGUCACACCAAACCAUUGAAACCGUCUCUUAACGUUGCGAUAGCGGCAGAUGUCAAUCAGAAGAAAUCUGUUGGACAAAUUCCAAUUUUAGCAGGUCACUUGACCGAAGAUGAAAAGCUAUUACUAGCAUACGGUAGUUAUCUGAAUUUGACAUUCGAGAAAGUUGUGCCCGACUUUUCGGACAAGUUGCAAUGUUUAGUCAGAUCAGAAAGAUUGGAUGCAAAAAAAUCGAAAGAAAAGAAAGAAGAAACAAUUUCUAAAGUGAAACCUACCUCGAUAGAAGGAGAUGUUGAAUAUCUUGCACCAGGUAACGCUAGAGGAAUGGGAGUUUCAACGCAGAAAAGAAAUAGAACUAGCUCAGGGUCUCAAUUACUUUUAAAAGAGAGAUUAGAAAAUCUUAGCUUAAAUGCGGACGCAAAUUCAUCAGGAAAAUUACCGACGAAAGGAGCAAAUAGGACGCAAUUACUGAUGCAAGCUUUAAAUAGCAAAGAUAAAACCAUUUUGUCAACGGUGCUGUUUACAAAAAAUGAAACUGUAAUUCGUAAUACCAUCGCCAAAUUACCAGUGCAAGCAAUCGCACCAUUGCUUAAAGAAUUAACCCUUAUGUUGCAAGGCAAAACAUAUGUGAGUAAUAUCGCAGCAAUGUGGUUGCAAACUUUGAUAAUGACUCAUGCAGCACACCUGAUGUCGCGACCUGAUAUUGCAGAGAUACUGAGCCCUAUUCUAAGUUUUAUCGAUGCGAAAUUAACUCUUCUAACGGCUGUACAGAGAUUAAAAGGCAGAGUUUCUCUUAUAACAGGACAAAUAUCUCAAGCUAAUGAGGAACACAACAAAGAUAUAACUGAGGAUAGUUUGCUUGUUUAUCAAGACCCAGAUUCAUCGGAUGAAGGUGCCGAUAAGGAUGAAGUUGAUCUAAGCAGCGAAUCCGAUGACAAUUGGGAAGAGAUGUCGGAUCAAGACGUUCAAGAUGAGCAAGACGAAGAAGCUAACAGAAGCAUCAAGUCUGAGGACGAUGAUGAUAAUAAUGAUGAUGAUGUGGAUAAUUAUUCUAUACACAGCUGAAAUAAAGUUGUAAAGAUCUCGAUUAUUAAUACAACCAUAGUGGAACCAUUCUUGACGGAAGUCAAGAAGCAAAAAUGGUAUUGUAAAAAGUUAACCUUUUUCUUCUUGAGACAUUUAUUUUUACUAUAAGUAUGAAGAUUCGGAGGAAAAGCCAAAUGUAGCGAGUACUCGUGUUACUUAUUUGUUAUCUACACAUAUGUUAUAUUUUUCUUGAAAAAUAUGUAAUUGUACAAAUAUAUUUGGAUGUACAAGAUGGUCUGCGUUAUGAACGAGAAAACCUUGUUAGCUUUCAUUAGUCUCAUUACUUAAUUAAAUAGUGCUAUAUUUGACUUUACUUCCACUGUUAGCCUCACAAUCAGUGGAUUGCCCUGCCCUACCGAGAGGGGACAAUCGAAUAAAAACUGAUUUUUGAGUGAAUUCCAACCCGGAUCUUUAGUUUAUUAGAACACCACAUAUCUCGUUAUUGACAUGUAAAACAAAAAUAGGUUCUUUGCGUACGAACAAGAUUUAUAGAUACGCAUCGCGCAAAACAUACGAUAACUUUAUCGUGAACUUUCAUUGACGAUAUUUUAAAAGUUUAUUAUAAUGUUAUUUUUAUUAAAUAUUUUUUACUUUUAAAUGUAAUCGAAGAAUUCUAUAUGAAUCUAGUAAUGGUUCUAUAUAUAGUUACUAUUAGAGAAGUAAUAUUGUGGCAAGUCUCUGGAGCUAAUAACCUACUUUGAAAUACAAUUUAUUAUGUAUAAAUCGUUGAAAUAAUCUAUUACUUUUACUACAUUUAGUGCUCAGAACAGUGCCAUUUAUUUUGAGAAUAUUAAAAAGAAUAAUGUUUAUUUAGUUUGCUAAUAUAUGUCUGUUUAGCUAAUUAAUUAAGUUAAUUGUACGAUAAGAACACAUACACAUAUAUUACAUUAAAUUUAAAACUCUUAAAUUUAAUAAAAUUCUAUUUGUAUCUUUGUAUAUACUCUGUAUAAUCUGUUUUCUUUAUUUUAAUACAAGCUUGCAUAACUUUAGAGAAUCUUUUGUGUAUCAUAAGUUGAUCAAUUUAGCUGAAUACGAAUAUAUAGUAUUUUAUUUUAAAAAAUAAACAAGUUUUAUAUUGUAUAGAUUGUAUUUUUCCUUGUAGAAUCUUUAUCUUGGAUCGUAUGAGUACCACUAGCAACAGACUAUCCUAAUGGAAAAGUACAAGCACAUGUAUAUGUAUAAUGUCGUUACGUUAUAUUUAAACUGUGUGAAAAUGAUUUGUAUGUGUUAUCAUGUAAAUUGUUAUUUAAAACUUAAAAUUAUCGAAUCUUGAAUGCUAAAUAAACAUGAUAAACUU